CAGAUUCUUCCUACUCGGUCAUUUCAGUAUGCAUGCUUUGCCUGUGCUGUCAUGAUUGUUGCCUUUGUGGCAAUCCAUGCGGAUAUGUUUCUAAAAGGAAAAACUUAAACAUGCAGUUUAGGGAUACUUAUUCUUUGACAUCACUGUCCUUGUAUUUUAGGCAACAAAGAAGAUGAGGGCAGUGGUUUUAUAUGGCCAAAGGGGGAUGCUGGAGAGCGGGGCAUCCAGUUGUUGAAUUUUCAGUCACUUGCUAUGGGCCCCUGGGUUCAACAGUCACUUGAACCAUUAUUGCUGGGAAAUGAGCUCAAUUUGUGCCAAGCCAUAUCUGCUGCAGCUUUGCAGGAAAUUGGUGGUGGGGAUUUUAUGAUGCAGCAAUUUCUUCAGUAUCAGCAACCUUUUUCAUUUCCUCAACAGUCCUGCAGAAAUAAUCCAUUGCUACAGCAGCAAAUUUUUCAGCAGACUCCUCAAGAGCAGAUUGUCAUCCCCCAGUCACAAUGUGUAACUGAGAAUCUUGCACAUUCUGUUCCAGACCAACAGUUGCAGCGAACUCAUAAUGAACAACAGAAGCAGCAGGUUCAACAACCACAAACAUAUGCAGAGGCAUUCCAGAUUCUCAAGAAUCAUAUGCAUCAGCAACAGUCACCUUUGCCACCUCAGUUGUGCCAAAAAUCAGUGUUUCUUGCUUCAAGCUUAAACUUUUCACCAGUCCCUGCAUCUAGUUGCAUCCAGCGUAUGUUGGGGUCUUCUUAUGCUGAAGGAAAUGCUACCAUUCUAAACUGCUCUAGACUUGGUAAUCCUAUAAUAAGUGAGCAAAAUCAGCAACCUUGGGAGCCUAGGUUUACAAUGUCACAGGUUGCUCCGUUUGGCAGUACUGUAAUGCUUCCUUCAUUUGCUGAGAAGGAUACGUCUGUGGGAUGUGAAAAUUGUGCAAAUCUGCAGAACCAUACCCUGUAUGGUCUUGGCAAGGAUUUUCCAUCCUCCCUCUCUAUUGCGGUGCCUAAUGUUGGCAUAAGUGGCAGUGACAAUGAUAUAUCAACAGUGCCAUAUGCUGCUUCAUGUUUUCAGAAUUCUCUAUAUGGUUACCUGGAUGGGUCUUCUGGCUCGCUGCAAAGUGCAGCAGAGAUUGAUCCAGCAACCCAAAUGUUUGUGAAGGUUUAUAAGUCUGGAUCAGUUGGGAGGUCACUGGACAUCUCUCAAUACAGCAGCUAUGAUGAACUUCAUCAGGAGCUGGGUCAGAUGUUUGGUAUUGAGGGUCUAUUGAAUGAUCCUCUUAGAUCAGGCUGGCAGCUUGUAUUUGUCGACAGGGAGAAUGAUGUGCUUCUCCUUGGAGACGACCCAUGGGAGUAAGAUCUUCCUGGAUUUGCUCUUUCUAUUGGUGCUAUGUACUUUUGUCAUAAGCUCUGCAUAGAACUAGGUCACAGUCCAAUGCCAAGACACUUCCUGUGUAUGUGGGUCUUUGAUAAGUUGUCAUGCUGCAUUAAAUGUGCUACUUGCUCAGGUGCCUGCUUAGAUUACAAUUUUCUUUUUCAUGAUUUUUCAA